AUGGGAGAUUUUAAUAUUAUCAUAAAUGACUCGGAGCGUAGAGGGGGCAGGCCAAGGUUGGCUUUGGCUAUGGAGGAGUUUAACAGUUGGGUGGGUUCUUGUGGGCUUCUUGACAUGCCUUCCUGUGGGAAUUCUCUUUCUUGGUGUAAUGGUCAUUCUGGUAGAUCACGGCACUGGGCACGUCUUGAUCGUUGUCUAUUUAACACAGCGGCUCUCAAUGCUUUUCCUGGUGCUAAUAUGGAAUACUUGGCGCGCACUUCUUCUGAUCAUGUGCCGAUGACAGUCUCGUUGGAGAAUCAGCUUAUUCGGUAUGGCUUUCCUUCCUUUAAAUUUCAACAAAUGUGGGUUUCUCAUGCUCAGUUUUUCGAUUGUGUCUCGCACUCUUGGAAUGGUGAUGUUGUUGGGGGAUCUCAUUUGUAUAUGCUUGUUACUAAACUUAAACGUCCCAAAAUUGCUUUGAGAACUUGGAACAAUCAAAUUUUUGGUAAAACUGUCUCCCACAUAGCGGCUCUUGAGGAUCGUAUAAAGGGCUUGGAGGUAAGCUUACAAUCUGAGUAUGCUGAAGACGUGGAGGAUGAUCUAGUUGCCUCCCAGUUGGAGCUAUCAAUCUGGUUGAAUAGGGAAGAACAACGCCUUGCCCAACAAGCUAAACAACGUUGGAUUCAGAAGGCUGAAGCAAAUUCUGCUUUCUUCCGUGCUAUCAGUCGUCGUAAUCAUAAAGAGGUUAAAGAGAUGCAGCUAGAGGAUGGUUCUAUUCUCUCCUCACCUAAACAAAUUCACGACAGGGCUAUCUCUUAUUUUUCUAAUUUCUUGAAAGUAGGUAAUAGUCGUGAUGAGCCUAAUCUGGGGGACUUAGUUCAACCGAUUAUUUCACAGGAUGACAACGUCCUCCUUUCUUGUGCUCCUUUGUCUCAAGAAGUCUAUGACGCUCUUUGCUCCAUUCCAGAAGAUGGUAGCUCGGGUCCUGAUGGUUUUGGGUCGGGCUUCUAUCGAUCUUGUUGGCACAUUGUUGGUACCGAUGUUGUCGCUGCUGUGACAGAGUUUUUGAAGGUAUGGCUCUCCCUUGGUUUUUCAAUGCUACUCAUCUGGUUUUAA